GGCAUCUGAUGAAUCCCAUGUUACCUUUGACGUGGAUUCUUUUACGAAAGCACUGGACAGAAUUUUAGGGGCAGACUCGGAGGAGCUGGAUUCUGAUGAUCUGGAUGAAGAGGAGGAGUUUGAUUUCUCAGAUGGGGAUGAUGAAGACCUGGAUGCUGGAAACCAAAGGCAGGAGCAGAAGGUGUCUCCUGAGGAGCUCCUGGGCAGUCUCAGGUCGUACAUGAAUGAGAUGGACCGUGAGCUGGCACAGACCAACGUUGGGAAAAGUUUCACCAAAAAGAGAGGGGCAAGUUCUGCUGAAGCAGCCACAUCUGAGAGUGCUGGCCCUGGUUCUGGAGCUGAGGAUGCUGAGCUGGCACCCGUGGAUGUGGACAUGAACCUGGUGGCAAACCUGCUUGAGUCCUACAGUGCCCAGGCUGGGCUGGCAGGACCCACCUCGAACAUUUUACAGAGCAUGGGGGUGAAUUUACCUGAGAACACAGAUCUCGCUGGCUCGAGCAGCCAAGCACAGCAGUGAGAGACUUUGGACAAGACGUGGCUGGUGGGGAAAUGAAGCACAGGUGGAUGAGCAGGAUGUGGAAGAGGAGGCCAAAGGUUUUAAUUUCCAGCAUUCUGUUCAUUCUGUGUCACUUCAGCAAAGUGAAUUUACCUGCAAAAGCCUUCUGUUUGGACCCUGUCUUGGAUGGAAAUGAGAUUUUCCCAGUGCUAACACAUUUUCAGAAAACUGAAAAUUGAUGUGACUCGAAUGAAACUUUUAUUAAAAAACCUCUCUUCCAUUUUUCCAAUCAGUGAUCCAGUUUGUCACAUUUCUAAAAUGUCCUUUUACACACUGGUUUCAGUAUCUGGGAAGCAGUUCUUGUUCUGAAAAUGCUGCUGCCUUCAGGGGGAGGUGGGGAACUACCACGUUACAGGAAGAGUCUCAUGGAUUUGGGAAUGCUGGUUAAAUGUUGGGCAGACAUUUAAUCCUUCCCAAAAGCACCAUGCUGCAUUGUAAAAACCUCUGACAAUUACUCUAGGAGCCUGUUCCUUAUUAAGCACGAGGAUUUAAAGAGUAAUUGGAUCAAAUAUGUAAAUAUUGGCCAGAAGUAUUUUUAAAAUUUAUUUCAAUAAAAACAGAAAUACAACUUGA